AUGAGCGACAUAGAAACCUGCACACUCUGCCCUGAAGAUCAGUGGUCCAAUCAAGGAAGAGACACCUGUAUUCCAAGAACUGUAGAGUUCCUCUCAUAUGAAGACCCAUUGGGUGCUGCCCUUGCUGCUGUGGCUGUUGUCCUGGCUGUAAUAACAGCAUUAGUGUUAGGACUUUUUAUAUUAAAUUGGGACAGUCCUGUAGUCCGAGCCAAUAACAGGGACCUCAGCUUCUUACUCCUGUUUGCCCUCAUGUUAUCCUUCUUCUGCUCCUUGUUAUUUAUUGGGUAUCCUGGGAAAGGGACUUGUAAACUGAGACAAACAGUAUUUGGACUUUUUUUCACUGUUGCUGUCUCUUCUGUCCUGGCUAAAACUAUCACAGUUGUCAUUGCAUUCAAAGCCACAAAGCCUAAUAGCAAAUUAAGGAUUUUUUUAAGGACCAGCAUGUCCUUUGGUUUUGUCCUUAUCUGCUCAUUGGGCCAGGCUGUUAUAUGUACUGUGUGGUUAAUCACUUCUCCUCCUUACCCAGACUAUGACUCCCAGUCCGUCACAGGGAAGAUGAUAUUAAAGUGUAAUGAAGGAUCCCCUAUUGCAUUCUAUAUUGUUGUUAGUUACUUGGGGGUUCUUGCUGCUCUGAGUUUCUUUGUUGCUUUUGUAGUAAGGAAGGUGCCUGAUCAUUACAAUGAAGCUCAGAUGAUCACCUUCAGUAUGCUGGUGUUCUGCAGUGUCUGGAUUACCUUUAUCCCAGCCUACCUGAGUUCCAACAGCAAAUACAUGGUGGCUUUGGAGAUCUUCGCCAUCACGGCAUCCAGCAGUGGGAUACUGGGCUGUAUCUUCUUCCCCAAGUGUUACAUCAUCAUGCUAAGACCCGAUCUAAACAAGAAAGGGAACUUUAUAACUAAACACACAAAUAUCAAAAAAUAAAUCCUCAUUGUAAUGGGCAGAAAUAAUUUACAAAUAGAAUGUUACAAAAAAGACUUGUUAGUGUCUAAUUUUAAGAUUA